AGUGUCCUAGUGUCAAGUGUCAGCGGCACUGAGUGACUCGCAUGUUUGAAUAGUUAUAAAUUUUGUUUACAAUUUGCAAGUAAUCAUGGCUUCAGAGCGCUAUAGUUUUUCCCUUACAACUUUCAGCCCCUCUGGAAAAUUAGUGCAAAUUGAAUAUGCCUUGGCUGCAGUGAGUGCUGGAGCCCCAUCAGUAGGAAUUAAAGCUUCCAAUGGGGUAGUGAUCGCCACUGAAAACAAACACAAAUCCAUCCUAUACGAUGAGCACAGUGUCAAUAAAGUUGAGAUGAUCACUCAACACAUCGGCAUGGUCUACUCAGGAAUGGGGCCAGACUACAGGCUUCUUGUGAAGCAAGCUCGUAAGAUGGCUCAGCAGUAUUUCUUGGUUUACAGGGAACCAAUCCCAACUGUGCAGUUAGUACAACGAGUUGCUGCUAUUAUGCAGGAGUACACUCAAUCGGGAGGUGUGAGACCUUUUGGAGUAUCACUCCUCAUAUGUGGUUGGGACAACGAUAGGCCUUACCUUUUCCAAUGUGAUCCAUCUGGCGCUUAUUUUGCAUGGAAAGCUACUGCAAUGGGGAAAAAUUUUGUUAAUGGAAAGACUUUCUUGGAGAAGAGAUACAGCGAAGAUUUAGAACUAGAUGAUGCUGUUCACACUGCAAUUUUAACUCUGAAAGAAAGUUUCGAGGGCCAAAUGACUGCUGACAACAUUGAAGUAGGAAUUUGUGAUCCGUCAGGCUUCAAAAGAUUAGAUCCAUCUCAUGUUAAAGAUUAUUUGGCAAAUAUUCCAUAACUUUAUGUAAUGCAUUCAUACAUUUUUUAAGUAAUAAAAAUAUGAACUUAAUAAAAACUUUUUGAAAAAAUGAU